CGCGGGGUGCGGCGAAGGGCGGGGCCGGGAGCUGCUGGGCCGUUGGUCGGUUGCCAGGGGCAACAACGGAGCCUCGGGCCUGAGCGCGAGAGAGACAGAGGCGGAGCGCGAGCCCGUUCGGGGGCCCUGCCCAGAGGACCCUGCCAGUGGGGGGCGCCUGGCGAUGGUGCUGGUCAGCGGCCUGGUGCCCGCCCGCUUCCUGACCCUCACGGCCCAUCUCGUCAUCAUCAUCACCAUCUUCUGGUCCCGGGACAACAAUGUCCUCGCCUCCCUGCCCCUGCAGUACAGCCAGCAGCAGUACCAGCGCCAGGACGUGGAAAUGGCCUACAAGGAGAACGUGACCCCCGGUGCCGGCCCCGGCCUGGCCAAGUAUGGGGUGCUGAGCGGGCCGGGCCCCCAGCGAGUCCCCCGGAAGGAUCCCUACGUGCCCAGCGGCACCCCCUCCGAGUCGCUGCUGGCCCAGAGGGCCAUGGCCAGCACCAAUAAGAUUAUCCUGAAGUCCUCCAGCAUCCACAAGCCAGCCGUCGCGGGCAGGGUGCCCGCCGAACCCAGCUCCGGUGCCCCCGCGGCUCAACCCACCCCCCCGCGAGGGUUCACCAUCAGCGACUUCGAGAUCGGGCGCCCGCUGGGCAAGGGCAAGUUCGGGAACGUGUACCUGGCCCGGGAGCGGGCGUCCCGCUUCAUCGUGGCGCUCAAGGUGCUUUUCAAGUCGCAGAUGGAGAAGGAGGGCGUGGAGCACCAGCUGCGGCGGGAGAUCGAGAUCCAGUCCCAUCUCCAACACCCCAACAUCCUGCGCCUCUACAACUAUUUCCACGACAAGAAGCGGGUCUACCUGAUCCUGGAGUACGCGCCCCGCGGCGAGCUCUACAAGGAGCUGCAGAAGUGCCGGCAGUUCGACGAGCAGAAGACCGCCACGUUCAUGGAGGAGCUCGCCGACGCGCUCCUCUACUGCCACGCCAAGAAGGUGAUUCACCGCGACAUCAAGCCGGAAAACCUCCUCAUGGGUCUGAAGGGCGAGCUGAAGAUCGCCGACUUCGGCUGGUCCGUGCACGCGCCCUCGCUCAGGCGGAGGACCAUGUGCGGCACCCUGGAUUACCUGCCCCCCGAGAUGAUCGAGGGCAAGACGCACGACGAGAAGGUGGAUCUGUGGUGCAUCGGGGUCCUGUGCUACGAGCUGCUGGUGGGGCAGCCGCCCUUCGAGAGCUCCACCCACACGGAGACGUAUCGCCGCAUCACCAAGGUGGAUCUGCAGUUCCCGCCGUUCGUGUCGGAAGGGGCCCGGGACCUGAUCGCGAAGCUGCUGCGCCAUAACCCCGCCGAGCGGCUGCCGCUGCGGGCCGUGCUGGAGCACCCCUGGGUGCAGGCCCACUCGCGCCGGGUGCUGCCGCCCGUCUUCAACCCCGCCAACUAGCCGCGCCCCCCCGGCUCUUUCCUCCCCCCGCCCGGGGGGGACGGGGACGGACACACGUGAGGACAAUCCCCGGCUCCCGCCCGGCCUCCCCCGCGGCCGACACCCGCUCCGGCCUGGCUGCCUGCUGGCCACCUUCCCGGCCGUGGGGCUAGGCCGCCCCCGUACCCAGAGGGGCAGCGGGUCCCUGCCCCCCCCCCCACUUUCCUGCCCGUGUGCCACGGGGCGGGGGCUUGUUUUAAACGUCCCCGCGGGGGGCUGCCUGCCCCCCGCCCUCCUUUUAAUAAAAUGUUGGAGUUACUUUGC